AUGAAGGCUUUGUCUCCAGAAGAGUCUUGGAUUCUGUUUUGCAAAAAGACAUUUCAAGAGAAGGAACGUCCUCGACAUUUGGUUGAACUUUCAGAAAGAAUCCUAGGAAGAUGUGAGGGCUUGCCAUUGGCAAUUGUGGCAAUUGCUGGUGUGUUGGCUUCAAAGGACUACAACAGAGUAGAUGAAUGGGAGUUGGUAAAUCGCAGCCUUGGUGCUGAAGUAGAAGGCAGCGAUAUGAUGAAAAUAUUGUUGCUAAGUUACAAUGAUUUGCCGUACUAUCUAAAGUCAUGUUUCUUGUAUUUGAGCAUUUUUCCAGAGGAUCAUUUGAUCGGAUGGAUGAGCUUGAUUCGGUUAUGGGUCGCAGAAGGAUUUGUGGAAGUAAAACAUGGAAAGACCUCAGAGGAAGUCGCUGAGGCAUACAUCUAUGAGCUUCUUAAUAGAAGCUUGAUUCAAGUAGCGAAGAGAAGGAGAGACGGAAGGAUACAGAGUUGUCGUAUACAUGAUCUUCUGCGUGAAAUUAUUGUUUCAAAGUCAAUAGAUCAAAACUUUCUAGCAAUAACAGGUGCAGGAAAUGUGAGCUGGCUUUCUAAAGUUAGACACCUCUCAAUCCAUAAUACUUUGCAAAAUAUACCACAAGGCAAGUGUUUCUCUCGACUGCGUUCUCUGUUCAUGUUUGGGGUAGAUGAUCCAUUGUUUGAGUCUUCCACCUCUCUAAUGUUUAAUGGUGGGUUGAGGUUGCUAAAAGUUUUAAACUUGAGAGGUGCUUCUUUGAAGACAUUUCCAAAUCAAAUUGUAAAGUUAUUCCAUCUCAGGUAUCUAUGCUUGAGAGGAACACAAGUGAGAGUGCUUCCGAACUCAAUUGGAAAGCUUCAAAACCUAGAGGCGUUAGAUCUUAAAGGUAUGUAUGUGACGGAGUUGCCUACUGGAAUUCUAAGGCUCCAACAGUUGCGCUAUCUUUUGUUAUAUCAUACCGAAACUGACCAUUUUUAUUACCAUCCGUUUGACAACAGACAUGGGUUUAAGGCUCCAUCUAAGAUAGGACACUUGCAAUCCCUACAAAAGUUGUGCUACAUAGAGACAAACAAUGUCAGUGACAACACCAUAUUGAAAGAGAUAGGACAGCUAACCCAACUGAGGAGGUUAGGCAUUAGGAAAUUGAGAAGAGAAGAUGGGGUGGCUCUAUGCUCCUCAAUUGAGAAGUUGAGCAAUCUUCGUUCAUUAGAUAUAACUCCAACAAAAGAAGACGAGAUCCUUAAUCUGCAAUCUCUAUCUCGUGCUCCUCAAUUUCUUCAACGACUAUACCUAAAUGGACGUUUGGAGAAAUUGCCGGAUUGGAUAACUUCUCUCUAUGGCCUUACCACAAUAUUUUUACGAUGGAGCAAGUUAAUGGAUGACCCACUGGAAUCACUUCAAGAUUUGCCCAAUCUAUGUCGUUUGGAGCUUGUUCAUGCAUAUGAAAGAGAAGGAUUGUGUUUCAAAGCUGGUAAGUUUCAGAGCCUUAAGCAAUUAGGUUUAACUAGUUUAGAAGGUUUGAGAUGGGUGACAGUGGAGGAAAGCGCGAUGCCUCGUCUUGAAAAUCUGUUAAUUGCGGAUUGCAAAUUGGUGGAAGAGUUGCCCUUUGGCAUUGAACAUCUAUCCAAUCUUAAACAUCUUGAGUUGGUUGAUCUGUCAGAUGAAUUAGUUUCAAAGCUGAAUCCAAGCUUACAAGGUGGGGAGUACUGUAAAAUUGCACACAUUCCUACACUGUGGAUUGCACAUUCAAAAGAUGGUUGUUGGAAAAAAUAUUACUAA